AUGAACGGAUGGAACAAUCAGAACCGGAGAGAGGCAUGCCGAGCUUAUGGCGAUCCACUACGAUCACGAGAAGUCCAUGAACUCAAAAUGGAGGACUUUAAUCUUGACAUACGCGAGAACAGUGCUCUUCGUAACCGUUCACUUGUGCUUUCCACCCUUGCUGGUCUUAUAUCUGCCGCUGGAGUACUUGGUGAUGUUUAUUGUUUUCCCGUUAGUGAUGGUAGCAGCCAGGCUCUUGCGGUGUUCGCAAAACAAAUGCUCAUACGAGCUAUUCUUGGCGGAGUUGCCGUUGGCUACACCACGUGCUGCGCCCUCGUGUUUGAGCGCGUUGUGUAUGAUAUUGAGUUAAGCCGUGAGUUGUGGGAGAUUGACAAUCACCUCACCGGGGAGAUCCAGGAGAUGGUGGCCAUCUACCGGGCGCAGGGCUUCUCCGAGGACGACGCCCUCAUCAUCACGCGGGUGUUCGCCAAGCACAAGGUGGCCUUCGCGAAUCUCAUGAUGGUGGAGGAACUCGGCUACUCCCGCCUGGAGCCGCCAAGCGGGCGGGAGGCGGUCGUGGACGCGGCCAUACCGGCGGCCAUCGGCUACGCGGCCGGCUGGAUCCUCCCGCUCCUCCCACUCGCCCUCCCCGGCCUCAGCCGCAGGCACCCCAACAUCCGUGGCAGCCACACCGCAGUGGCAGCCGUCCCCAUCACCGGCCACACACUCGCCAUCUCCACACUCGCCGCCGCGGCCAUCGCCGUUAGUGUGGCGCAGUCAGAGGUCUUCUACGGGGGAUACACCAGCACCAGAAAGGCACUCAAGGUGAUUCUGUGGAACUUGACCGCAGCAGGGGCUGUCUACGGCCUCUCACGCGUCGUGACAUCCUUCGCCCAACGAAGAGGAUAA